AUGGAGCAGCACGACAGGGACAGCCGCACUCCCGAGUUCGACAACGCCGCCGCCCUUAAGGCCCAUUGCGCACAAUACCCCAAACACGACGUCGCAAAGCAGGACCAAGAGUCUGUUCUGUAUAUGGACGUCGAGCGCAAGAUCUGCGCACAAUUUCGAAAUGAAGGCGCUAUGUACGGGCCCAGAUACCGCAGCUACAUCUUGGAUGCCGUGAUACGAGAGGUCCGCGCGCGCCGUCUGUUCUUUGACCCAGAGCCAUACCCAACUCGCCUCUGGAUCACGCUGACCGGUGAUUCUUUCUACAAGGAGCUAGGAGCAUUCCCUCUGUACGAUGCCGAUCACCCGCGUAUGAGAUACAUGACGAUCAAGAAGCUUCGCAAGCAUUCUCGUAUCUUACUCGAGGUCGCCAGCGAGAUCCAUCGCACGUUCUCUGAGUUUCAUCCCGAGCAUGCCUCCAUUGAUGACGCGAACGACCUCCCGGGUGUUACCAGGAGUCUCUGCGACGAUAUCAACCAUCUUCAAGCACAGAACGCCGAACUCGAGCUCGAGUUGAACUUCGAGGAGGCUGAGAAGCAACGCCUGCUCGAACGCUUGAGUCUCUAG